GAAUUGUGCUGCCGCUUCUCAUGGACACCACUAUGGAUACAGGAGUCACUGCAUAUAGGAGCGCCAUGCACAUAGUGUGCAUUUUGGAUUCCAUAGAGGCCACGCUCGGGCAGCCAAUUUGGACAUCUUCGAGGCCGGAGCAUGGCCGUUGACCAUUGCAGUUCCGUCUGCAGGGGCGCCCGCACUUGUUCCGCGUGUGCUGGGAGGCAGGUAUGGCUGCUGUACCAAACAUCAGAUGCCCAUAUAGCCCGGCCAUUGCCAGUGCCUCCUGGCCGAUACGCUGCUGCUGCCACUGCCACUUGUCAGGCAGCAGCUCAUCUUGGAGCGGCCCUUGCAGUCGCCUCCGAAUUGACGCCAUUCGGCGUCGAUUGUUGUUGCUGCUGCUCAUGCUCAUCCAUCAAUGGCGGCCCAGAUGGCCAAGGCUGCCCCUGCACAGGCACCAGCUGCAUUUGCAGCUCCUCAGGGGGGCCAGGCUCCAUCUGCUGCUGCAUCGUUGGACAUCUAUCAACCUGGCGCUCCACAAUGAGCCCAGGCAUAUCCAGUGGCAACUGCUCGGAAUUUGCCAUUAAUAUAUUUUGCCGCCGCCCAGGAAGCGGGUCAGGCUGCAGUUGCUGCUGCAUCGUUGGACAAGCAUUAUUAUUAUGCCGCCGCAAGGAAAGCGGGCCAGGCUCAGUCUCAGGCUGCACCGAUGGAUAAAUUUCAUUUUGCCGCCGCAAGGAAAGCGGGCCAGGCUGUACUAAAUGUACCAACGAGGGAGUCAUUUCCGCCUUCUUCUGCAGGUAAGUUGA